UAUUUCAUAAAAUCUCCCAUCUCCUAAAUUACAAAACCCUAAUAGUCACCAACUCCGCUCGUCAUCUUCCGACCACUCAUUUCAAAGGAACAAAGUUGAUCAAAUGUCGCUCGGAGAAAUCGCCUGCACUUAUGCAUGUUUAAUCCUCAACGAUGAGGAUAUUCCGAUCACAGCAGAUAAAAUUUCAACUUUGGUGAAAACUGCAAAUGUAACAGUAGAACCUUACUGGCCUUUACUGUUUGCUAAACUUGCUGAGAAGAAAAACCUUGGUGAUCUUAUCGUGAAUGUUGGUGCUGGUGGCGGCGGUGGUGGUGCCGCAGUUGCUGUUGCAGCUCCAGUUGGUGGAGCUGCUGCUGCGGCUGCUCCUGCUGCUGAGGAAAAGAAGGAGGAACCUAAGGAAGAAAGUGAUGAUGAUAUGGGAUUCAGUCUUUUCGAUUAGGAGCUUAUGUCGGUAUUAAAUAGGUCUUCCUUGAGAGAGCAUUUUGUUAUGUUAGAUGUAAUUGAGGUUAUGGAUUUACGUUAUGAUAGUGUUUGGGAUACAUUUUUGUUUUGAUAUCGGCAAAUGCAUUGGCAAACUUGUUAGGUAUUUGAUUUUUAGCAUCUUGGAAAACGAUGCUUCGUGAAGUAUAGCAUUUGAUCAAAUUACCAGGGGAUCGUCAUCCAUGUCGUCUGAUGAAGCACCUUUUAACUUAUCUUUAGUUACCAGAUGGUUUAUUUUGUU